CGUUUGUCUCGCGAGAAGUUCCAUACCUUUAACUUGACUACGCCUGUUAAAAGCUAAAGUUUGCUGGCUCUGGGAACCACUGUACUCAAGAGACAUGAGUGUAAAGCUCACCCAGGGGGCAGUUCAAGCCCUGUUCAAAGGCUCGGAGGUGAGCAAUCCUGUGCUGCAGCUGCUGAACAUCCGUAAGAUCUCCAGUUGCUCCGGGCCACCCCGGUUCCGGCUCAUGAUGAGUGACGGUCAGCACUCUUUGUCUUCCUUCCUGUUGGCCACACAAUUAAAUAAUCUGGCAGACGAGAACCUCUUGGUUCCUAACUGUGUAUGUAAGGUGAAGAAGACCAUCACCAACACAUUGGCAGAUGGCAGGAUUGUGGUGAUUGUGAUGGACAUGGAGGUAUUGCAGUCGGCCGAGGAAAUCGGAGGAAAGAUUGGAAACCCCACUCCAUAUAAUGCAGAGGGUAAGACGUCAUCCCCACAGGAGUCAGCCUCAAGUUCCUAUGUCCCAGAAUCCCCUCCAUCUGCUGCGGUACCUGGACCGUCCUAUAAGAACAACAGCUCUGCUCUCUCUCCUCCUCGAGGCAGUGGAAGUGGCUUUGCGGGAAUAUCACCCUUGAAGGCUUCACCCAUGAAGACUUCACCAGCAAAGUUUUCGCCCAUGAAGGCUUCACCCAUGAAGGCUUCACCCACAAAGUUUUCACCCACGAAGGCUUCACCCACAAAGUUUUCACCCACGAAGGCUUCACCCACAAAGUUUUCACCCACUAAGUUUUCACCCAUGAAGGCUGCCAACACCUCUCCAGGAUCUUCAACAAAAGUGAUUCCUAUUGCUCAACUCAACCCCUACCAAAGCAAGUGGACUAUCAGAGCCCGAGUCACCAACAAGUCCGGUAUCCGCAACUGGAGCAACUCUAAAGGAGAGGGCAAGCUCUUCUCUUUUGAGAUAGUAGAUGAAAGUGGAGAAAUCAAGAUCACAGCCUUCAACAACGAAGUGGACAAGUUUUUCUCUCUAGUGGAGCAAGGCAAGGUGUACUACAUCUCCAAGGCUACGCUGAAGGUGGCCAACAAACAGUACACCACACUGAAGAACGACUACGAGAUGACCCUCCACGCUCAUUCGUCCAUUGUGCCAUGUGAUGACAGUCAGGACAUCCCCACAGUGCACUGUGACUUUGUGCCCAUCGCAGAGCUGGAGAACAGAGACAAGGACGCCAUCAUCGAUGUGAUUGGAGUGUGUAAGAGUGCGGAGGAUGUAUCCCGUAUCACCACUAAGAACAGCAGAGAAGUCUCCAAGAGGGCCCUCAACCUAAUAGACACAACUGGCAAAGUGGUGGCAGUCACAUUGUGGGGAGAGGAGGCGGAGAAGUUUGACGGCUCUGAGCAGCCUGUGGUCGCCAUCAAAGGAGCUCGCUUGUCUGAUUUUGGGGGCAGGUCUCUAUCUGCUUUGUUCAGUUCAACAGUCAUGGUCAACCCAGACAUACCGGAGGCCUUUAGACUGAGGGCCUGGUAUGACCAGGAGGGCUAUGAGCUCGACAGCCAAUCCCUGACAGAGACGAGGUCAAUGGGGAGCGGAGCAAAGAUGAACUGGAAAGCACUGAGCGACGUGAAGAGUGAACACAUGGGACAAGGAGAGAAGGCGGACUAUUUCAGCUGCGUGGCAACUGUGUUGUACACUCGUAAGGAGAAUUGUCUGUACCAGGCCUGUCCAUCUGCAGACUGCAACAAGAAGGUCAUAGACCAACAGAACGGGCUGUACCGCUGCGAAAAGUGUAAUCGAGAGUUCCCCAACUUCAAAUACAGACUCCUCCUCUCUGCCAACUUAGCAGACUUCGGGGAUAACCAGUGGGUGACAUGCUUCCAGGAGACAGCUGAAGUCCUGUUAGGUCACAGUGCAGAAACACUGGGAUAUCUCAGAGACACAGAUGAGGCUGCAUUUGAUGAAGUCUUCCAGAAAGCCAACUUCACCACUCACAUCUUUAAAAACAGAGUCAAGCUGGAGACGUACAACGAUGAGAGUCGAGUGAAGGUAACUGUCAUGGAAGUGCAGCCGGUCGACCACAGGGAAUACAGCAGGCGACUCCUCAGUAACAUCCGCAAAUUGGCCAGAUGAACUUGGUCCCAGUCAUGAUGGGCUGCCUGGUGAUUAAACGUGUGUCCGACUUUUUCCGCCAGCGAGAUAACAGCAUAUCUGACUGAGGCAGCAGAGGGGCGGCCGGUGAUUCAUCUGAUUAAAUGGCAGCCAAACAAAAGACUGAUAUUUAGUUGCUCACUUCCUUCCACAGGGCAAUUAUAAAACACCGGAAAUUUGACGGAAAUAACAUUUAACUUUUAAUUUAACGACAAUUCAACAACAAGAUUUGAGGAUUUGAUGAACAGUGUUUUAGACCGGCUUGCAUUUUUAUUUAUGUCAUGUGUCAUAUACUAGGAUCACAGCAUUUUUAAUAGAAAUGAUUCAUCUCUUUGGUUUCAAACAUGUGUUGGUGAUGCUCAGUGUUGAGUAAGACAUGUGUAGUCAGAUUUCUUUUAAUUUUAAUUGUUUCUUUUAAAAAAAAUGAAGAUGGGGCAAAAGUGUGUGAAGGAUGCACAUGUUGGCAUUUGUUUUAACUGUACUCUGAAUGUUGUUCUAAUUGUUUUUUGAGUUUACAAAACAAAAUACAUGUUUGGUCUGCUGGGCUUCCA